CUUCAUAUACUUUUCCUCCACACCAAUCCUCAACAAAUACAUAAAAAGAAAAUCUUGCAAGAUAGAAAAAACAAUAAAUCCUUCAUACCCACAUCGAUUUCUUGAUAAAGAGUCAUUUUUUUUUUUUUUUUUUGGUGAAGAUGGGCCAAUCCCUCAAUAAAUUUGGAAAUGAGGAGAAGAAGGUGAAGGAAAUCGGACCGGUGAUCGAACUAUGCUACGAUGCGUACUUUGUGAAGACUGAGGAUUGGAGCUCAGCAGAUUUGUACCAUGCAGUUUGCCAGACCGUCGAAGAAAUUAACAAGGCAAUUGGUAGUACUCAAUUCCGGGUGCCGCAGACUAGCACACUCCUGGAAGCAUACAAAAAACAUCACAAAGGCAAAGGGAAAUCUUUGACAAAGGAAGAAUUCCAAGAAAUCCUUCAAGAAGUGAUACUCGACACAGGACUCACCAGCAUUGCGUCAAAAGACAUGCUGUUCUACCUGUUUGGAGUACCUGCCACUGCCUUGUUCGUAAAGCAGCGUUUGGCUCCAAAGUUAGUUCCAAAUGAAGCUUUCAUUCCUGUUGUUACUUCUGCUACUGUUUUCCUUCUGGCAAAGCUGAAGAAGAUAUGAGCUCAUAAUGAGUCUCAGUUAUAUGUCCCUCUUCAUUGAGAGAUCUUUAAAAUUAUAAUGGAAAUUUUAUUUCAUUAGGAAAAACGGGGCAGGUACGCGUCGACGAGAUGGAGAGUACAAGCAUAUUCUAACACCACCAACGCAAAUAGACAACGAGAAAUUAACAUCACAAUCUACUUCAUAAGAAUCCAAAAACAUUCACCCACGAAUGCGAUGUCUCUGGUUUACAACGAAAACAUCAACCACGAAAGUUGAAAUACCUUUAUUUGCGUUCGCAAUCGCACACUUAUUUAGACUAACAUGCAUCACAUACUCUGAUAAAAAAAGAAAAUUUUCCACGACUUUCAAAUCCCACAUCAGAACUCGUUGACAUACUGACCACUGCAAAGAGUUACACGAUUGGAUUUUAGCUUCUGAAACUUCGCAUCAUGACAUAUUUAUGGUAGACGGACAAAG